AAGGGGUGGGGGCCCAGAGGGGAGACCAGACCGCUCAGCCUGGACAUGCUCCCCUCCUAGCCGGCUCCCACCCCACCCACCCCAAGCCGGCUUUUUCCUGUUGUUUGUGAUGGGGAAAGCUCGGCUGGGUUCCUGGAAGAGACGCUAUUACCUAGGCUCCCGAGGAAAGGCAGCGGCCUGUGGACCUGGGGCCUGCCUCUGGCCUCUGCCUGUCUGGGCCGUGCUCGCUGCCUGGGAAGAGCAACCACUCACCUCCCCCGGGAGCGUCAGCUCCUCCCGCGACUCCAGUGUGCCGGGCUCUCCCUCCAGCAUCGUGGCCAAGAUGGACAACCAGGUGCUGGGCUACAAGGACCUGGCGGCCAUCCCCAAGGACAAGGCCAUCCUGGACAUCGAGCGGCCUGACCUGAUGAUCUACGAGCCGCACUUCACCUACUCCCUCCUGGAGCACGUGGAGCUGCCCAGAAGCCGGGAGCGCUCUCUGUCACCCAAGUCCACAUCCCCUCCGCCGUCCCCAGAGGUGUGGUCGGAGAGCAGAUCCCCCGGACUCAUCUCUCAGACUUCGGCCCCAAGAACCACCGGCACGCCCCGGACCAGCCUGCCCCACUUCCACCAUCCCGAGACCACCCGCCCGGAUUCCAACAUCUACAAGAAGCCGCCCAUCUACAGGCAGAGAGAGCCCGCCGGGGGCAGCCCGCAGAGCAAGCACCUCAUCGAGGACCUCAUCAUCGAGUCGUCCAAGUUCCCCGCAGCCCAGCCCCCGGACCCCAACCAGCCGGCCAAGAUCGAAACCGACUACUGGCCCUGCCCCCCGUCGCUGGCCGUCGUGGAGACAGAGUGGAGGAAGCGCAAGGCGUCCCGGAGGGGGGCUGAGGAAGAGGAGGAGGAGGACGACGACGACUCCGGAGAGGAGAUGAAGGCUCUCAGGGAGCGUCAGAAAGAGGAACUCAGCAAGGUCACUUCCAACUUGGGGAAGAUGAUCCUGAAGGAGGAGAUGGAAAAGUCCUUGCCUAUCCGGAGGAAAACUCGCUCCCUGCCCGACCGGACCCCCUUUCACACCUCCCUGCACCAGGGAACCUCCAAGUCGUCUUCGCUCCCCGCCUACGGCAGGACCACCCUGAGCCGGCUGCAGUCCACAGAGUUCAGCCCAUCGGGGAGUGAAGCCGGAAGCCCAGGCCUGCAGAACGGAGAGGGCCAGAGGGGGAGGCUGGACCGGGGGACCUCCCUGCCCUGUGUGCUGGAGCAGAAGGAGAGCCUGGGCCUCAGACCACCCUCCUGCCCCCAGAUCUACCCCUAUGAGAUGCUGGUGGUGACCAACAAGGGACGAGCCCGGCUGCCUCCAGGCGUGGACCGGACGAGGCUCGAGAGACAUCUGUCUGCCGAGGACUUCUCCAGGGUGUUCGCCAUGUCUCCAGAGGAGUUCGGCAAGCUGGCUCUGUGGAAGCGCAAUGAGCUCAAGAAGAAGGCCUCCCUCUUCUGAUCACUGGCCUCCCUGCCGCCCAGGGCUCCCAACCCGGCCUCCGCCUCUGAGCCCAGAGCGUCCUCUCCCUGGUGGGCUGGGAGCAGUGCGAGGCGGGGCAGGAGUGGGUGGGCUCCGUUCCUCAGGUGGAGGCAGGGCCGGGAGGCGCUGGGCCUGGGGACCCAAAACCUUCCCCAGGUACUUCAGUCCCUGGGCCUCCCACACCAGCAGACCCAGGCCACAUCCGGCAUGCAGAGCUCCUGUCUGCACGCUCACCCCACAUGGGAGUCCCAGAGGGGUGAGGAGGAAGGAAGGGGUUUUGUGACCAGGCCUGGGCUGCCCAGUGGGUGGGCGCCACCAGGACCCCCGCACCACUGCCUCCCUGCUCACUCGGCAGCCUCCCUCAGCUAGGCCGCUUCUCCCAGUGGCAGGGCAGCUGGCCCAGGGGGAGGCGGGGCCCUGCCCUCCAGCUUGCCAUCUUUACUUGCGACUCCAAGCUUUGAAGCCUCCUGCUUCAGCCCCCGAGGCUCCCGGAAGCCUUGGUUCAGAGCGGGUGCGGCGUGUCCACAGCCCGGGCUCACCCCGGCCUCCAGGCUAAGGCAGCAUCUGCCUUCCAGGGCAGCCUGGGAAGCCGGCAGGGCCCAGGCCUACAGCCUCCCUUGGGGGAUCCCGAGGCCAGGCUGGGGCACUUCUGAGUGCCUGGCUCCCAGGUCCCACCCACCCCGCGCACCCCCACUACACUCUCUAAAGAAUGUAAUUUAUUGGGGCACCCCAGCUGCUCUCCUCACCAACUCCCACCUUCCUCACACUCCAGCUUUCCGUCUCCAAACACACGUGUAUAUAAUUAUAUAUAUUUUUUUGCCCCAUCUGGGUUUUGUUCCUGCCUAGACUCUGGCACCCCUUUCCGUGUGUGUGUGACAAUGCUGGGGAAGGGGACUCUGCUUGGAAUUAAAGGUUGCAUUGGGUCCCUGAA